UGACGGAAGCACAACCUGCAAUCUACACCACGCACACCGAGGCGCUGUAACCCUAGCCUAAUCCGUAUCGUCUGACAGCUACUCCACAGAACGGCAGAGACCUACAAAUUAAGCAAAAUUCUACCCUAGUUUUACGUCGGGAGCGCGAGACAUAGCGCCGGAGCAUGCCGUGGCUACAACACAUGACAUUUGAUUUCCUCUAACGCAUUAUCAUCUCCAGUGCAAGGGUAGAAAAACGUGCGGUGAGAGGCGGUCGCGGUUUUACUGUAACCAACGGCUUUAAACACAAAUGUGCGCUCUCACAACGUCUGUUGUGAAGAAAGGCGGAACGGGGAAGAAGGAAUCUCUAAGUAAUGUUGUGUUGCUACUGCACGGGCGAGGAGGAGAAUUCCGGGUCCAACGCCUCCAAAACCGAGAGUCCCUCUGCGAGCCAGAGCUACAUAUCGGGGCCUCAGCUGGAAGAAUAUCGUGACGCCUUCAACUUAUUCGACAAAGAUGGCGAUGGUAUGAUCAGCCUGGAGGAACUAUGGACAGCUAUGAGGGACAUGGGGCAAUUCACGUCAGAGGAAGACCUGAGAGAACUCCUGCAUGAAAUUGAUCCUGAUGGUGGCAUGACUAUCCAGUUUGAAGACUUCGUGGUGAUUCUGUCGUCCAUUCUCAAGGCAGAGGCGGAAGUCUGUCUGCCCGAGGACGAGGAAGGAGAACUUAGGGAAGCCUUUAAGUUGUUUGACAAGGAAGGGAACGGGUACAUUACUUCUUCGGACCUUAGACAAGUCUUGAACUGCCUGGGACAAGAUCUGACCGAAGAGGAAGUGGAUGACAUGAUAGGGGAAGUUGACCAAGACGGUGACGGCAAAAUAGAUUACGACGAAUUUGCAACGGCUGUGUGCGGCAUCACAGACAAACAGCGCCUAGAGUAGCAGGCACGUUUAGACAAAAAACACAAAAAGCUUCUCUAGUACAUCCACAGCAAACCCAGGAAGAGGAAGGCUUUAUUUGGGCGUAUGGAAGACUGGAUGUGCGUGGACACUUCUGGAAACUCGUCAACGACAUUGCCACUGCCAUCAAGUCAAUAGAUUUAGAUAUUACGGGGAGUUGGCCGAACAUCUGUGAACAACAGAACGGGCUUGGGUGUCUGCUUGCAGUGUUUGGUCAAUUCUACUUUGAAUACCUUCCAAAUAGCACAAUAAUAAAUUCCUGGCUGUCACGUUCAUUACGAAAUUAUAGUAUUUUGUUAUCAAUUAUGCAAAUUAGAUCUUCCAAGGAGCAUAGAUUAUGCAGGUGUGAAAGUUAUUUGCAAACUCAGAAUAUUACCCUUGUUAUUGUUUAAUUUCUGUAUAUCUAACCUUCAUAAACGAAUUUAUUAAGCUUAAAUCGUGCAAACUAGCUCCCGAUUUGCAUGGUUUGUAUCUAGUUGGUAUUUCCAUUUAUGACAGGGCACUUUUCUAUCAUAACACAAGGCACUAACCAAUACAGUGUACAAGAGCCAGCGCAGCAUCUGCUUGGAUCCCUGACAACUGUUUCCUAUAUUAGGUCGCCAGACAAAGGACGUAUUUAUAGCACAGAACACAAUAUCUGCUUGGAGAAAAAGCAAUUACCGCGGGCCGAAACAAGCUUAUGCCUAGGUUACACAUAGCCGAAUUUGGCUCCCGACUCUCUCCCGACUAUGGUUUAGGAGUGAUUCGGGAGCUAGUCGGCUGUAGUCGGCUGGCGUUCGGGUGAGUCGGCCGGCGUUCGGGUGAGUCGGCUGGUGUUCGGCUGUUGAACAUUUCAAAACUUUCGGCUCUGAAUGGCUGGUCUGGAAUGGGUCGGUUGGUGGUCGGCUGGUGUUCGGCAUGGUCGGCUAGUGUUCGGCUGGUGUUCGGGAGUAACUCAGCAGUCAAAUUUUAACUGCUUAACCAAGCCAUAAACACUGAUAAAUACUCCCCGCUUGUUUCCAACCUACCAACGAUUCACCCGAAACCCAUAGACAAACCUCUGCUAUUAACUCAAUCCCAAGAAAAAUGACUAUUACCAGGGCGUAGGCGAAUCACCCCCGAACUUCACACGACCGACAUCCAGCCAAAAACAAAAAGAACCAUAAAUACCAUA